AUGUUUUCUCCGCAGCAGAACCUGCGAAACAACCACUGGCAGGAUCGGAUGACGAGGCCGCAGAGGGAGGCGUACGUGUUGCCCAGUAUGUCGUCCGGUGAUCUCGAAGGUGAGGCUACACGUCGCCAGCAUACUCAACCUUAUGGUGGAAAACAUCCCAUACCUACUAUUCGCGGAUAUCGAGAACAUCGGAAGCAGCUCGAAGACCAGUAUGGCGAAACCCAAGAUAUACAGGAGGACUCCCAGGACGAUAACAAGGCCCAACGAGCCUACGAUUCUGCAAAGACCAUACUCAAGGGCGAGGAUGAGGGUACACAAGAUCACAAUCCUUAUCCUGCUGUUAAUCGCAAUGAUGAACGGAGACCUCAUCCCGAGCCUCGGCAGGACGACGCAGAAGCAGACCAGAACGAGGGCAAGAAGGGAAAGCCUCAAGAGAAGAGUAAUACUGAGAAGGCAGCUGGCAUGAUUUCUCCAAAAGAUAAGCGCAAGGCUUUCAAGCACAAAAGCAAGAGAACCGGUGGAAGAGAGGUCACUGAUCCAGUCACUCAUCUACCCAUUGUUAUACAUGACCAGACUGAACAGGACCUCGAAUAUGCUCCCGAAAACGUUCCUCCUCCCGGAUCAAAUCCUCGCUCAGCCACUGGCCUAAGUGGUGCAAGCAAGGACCGGUCCCAGCUGAAUGAAGAGCAACACGAAUUGCAGCGUAAGCACAAUGGUCUCCAGAAGAGCUUUCCUCCACCUGCGUUCAGAGACCUUGAAAAAGAGCUGGCUUCCAUCUAUAAAUUGGCUCUUACCGCAGGUUUGAGUGCUGUCUUGGGCCUUGCGCUUGUCACAGUAAUUGUUUCUGGGGUCUUUCGUCCAACCGCUUCCCAGCGCUCGCAUUUUGCACUUCUUUUCGUGUUACUGUUGCUCUCUGCUGGAGUUGGCGGAUUCAUCGUAUAUGCUGUUCGAGGAUGGCUCGACCAAAAGGUAAGUGGCAUGUGGGACGAUGAGGUUUGGGAUGCUGCUAGGCAAGAGCAGAGAGAUAGUGCUAAUUCCGACUCGGAGCUUCCCGAGUCUGUUCACUGGCUCAAUAGCUGGCUGAGUUCCGUUUGGCCAUUAAUCAAUCCAGAUCUAUUCGCAGCACUCGUUGACACCCUUGAAGAUGUUAUGCAGGCUUCCUUGCCGAAGGUCGUAAGGAUGGUCAGUGUCGAUGAUAUGGGGCAAGGCAGCGAAGCAAUACAGAUUCUUGGUAUUCAAUGGCUUCCAACUGGUGCCGCGAGCCAGUCCGUGAAUGAGAAAGGCCAACUCAUGACUCCAGACGAGAAUCAAUCGAACGAUAGAACUGUACCAGGUCAAGGUGAGGAAGACCGAUCCGCCGAAGCCGACGAACAGGACCCAGGAAACAAGUCCGAUGCAAUGAGAGACAACGAGAACUCGGACAAGAAACAGAAAGAACAAGAGCAGGAGUCGAUGCGUGCUGGUAUGGAAGCCGAAGAAGGUGACUUUGUGAAUAUGGAACUUGCUUUCGCCUACAGAGCUCGUUCUUCUGGCAAGUCCAUCGCAAGCAAAGCCAAGAACGCCCAUCUAUACCUCAAAUUUUACCUGCCAGGUGGUAUUGCUGUCCCAGUCUGGGUAGAGUUGCGGGGGUUUAUGGGCAUCAUGCGCGUCCGGAUGCAACUUACUCCUGAUCCACCCUUCUUCAGCGUCUGUACCUUCACAUUUCUAGGCCAACCAAAAGCCGAUCUAUCCUGCGUCCCACUAUCGAAACACAGCCUUAACCUCAUGGACGUGCCCUUGAUCUCGUCCUUUGUCCAGUCCGCCAUCGAUGCUGCAUUAGCCGAAUAUGUCGCUCCGAAGAGCUUGACUCUAGACGUGAAGGAUAUGUUGAUGGGCGAGGACUACAAAAAAGAUACUACAAGUAGGGGAGUAGUCUGGAUAUUCAUCAGACAGGCUCGUGAUUUCAAACAGGGUGAUGGCGGUAUUGGUCCCAUCCAAGGCGCUAGCGACGCCUAUGUCACAGUGUCCUGGGGCAAAUUCGGCAAGCCUGUAGCUUCGACUCGAGUCAUUGAAGACGACCAAGCUCCAAACUGGCACGAAUGGGCGAGUAUAAUGGUCUCACCGGAUGAACUCAACGCCGGCGAAAAGCUGAGACUGCAGCUAUGGGAUUCCGACAAGUGGACCAACGAUGACGAUCUCGGACGUGUGGAGGUUGAUUUGCACGAUCUGAUGCACAAUCCCGAAACAAAAGGCAAGAUGUACGAUCGGGAAGAUAGGUUCAAGGGCUCGGACUUAGAAGAAGAUAUGCCUGGCUCGUUAUCAUGGUCCGUCGGCUAUUUCGAAAAGACACGAAUUACGCAGCAGCAAUUACAGCAACAGACAUACAAGAAGGACAUUCGCUCCAAGGAACAACUUGAGAAGCAUGUCACGCGAUUAUCGGAACGAAAAUUACGCGAGGCCAACCUCGACCCUGAGCACGAUGAUGAGCUUCACCAGCAAAAAGUUACCGAUUACAAAGAGAUAGAGGACAACAUGAUCAUCUCAGCACCACCAAGCAAGGACUACCUAUCAGGCAUUCUGAGCAUUCAGAUACACAACAUCACUGGUCUGGAGGUGAUGAAGUCGCAAAAGGGCAGUAGGGAUGGAGACGAUCUUGAGGUCGAGGGAGACAACGACGACACUCAUCUACCAGACAGCUAUUGUACUAUCGCGCUAAAUCAUAAGAAGAUUUACAAAACAAGAACGAAGCCGAGAAAUGCUAAGCCUUUCUUCAAUGCUGGAACCGAAAGAUUUGUCAAGGACUGGACCACUUGUGAGCUCAUCGUCAGUGUUCGAGACAGUCGGGAAAAAGAGGACGAUGCCUUACUUGGCGUUGUGUAUCUGCCACUGUGGAAAUUGUUUUCAAAACGAUCUCAGAUCAUGGACAUGUUUCCGCUUGCGGGUGGAAUUGGAUACGGGCGAGCGAGAAUCAGUCUAGUAUGGCGAAGUGUAGAUCUCAAACUACCUCCACAUUUGCGAGGCUGGGACUAUGGCACACUUGAAAUCAAGGGUGCAAUACGGUCACCAGGACAACUCGACGAGAGUCUGAAGCACGAUCGAAUCAAGUUACGGACAAAUCUAAGCAAGACCAAAUUCGGUCACCAUAAUGGGCAGUGGCAGUCGAGCAGCAAAGACGGGGACGACAGCGUCUUCCUGGCCGUUCGAAACCGCUACUCGUCGCCCCUGACCAUCGAGUUCCGCAAGUCAGUCAUAGGUCCGGACAAAACACCAGCGUUCUGUGUAUUAUGGCUCAGUGAGCUCACCGACGAUCAAGAAGAAACGAAAACGCUUCGUGUGUGGAAGGGAGGAAAGAAGAACUUGGCUCGUGCCCAAGCAUGUUGUGACUACCAGGGCUUAGAGGACGACAAUCAAGGACUAGGUGAAGUCGAAAUAACUCUCAAGUUCUGGAAAGGUCUUUCCGGAUACCACAAACGUCACGCUAAUAAGAGCCAAAACGCCGAUGUCAGGAAUGUCAUGGAAUGUCUAGAUACGAUCAACGACGAGGACCUAGCAGACCAAUAUUCCGAAAAUUCCGACAGCUCCGACGACGGCAACAGCACAGAAACAGAGAACGGCAGAUCCUCGCGAAUGUCACGACCAUCCGACAAAGACGCAGAUCCCGACGAGGCCACCAAGAAAAAACUACGAACCCACACCAACAGAACAGAUUCCGAUGACGGAUCAGAUCUCGAAUCCAGCGAAGAGGGUGGAUUCUCGAAGAUCAAAGCGCCCGUCGCCAAGGUGCAGACCGGUCUCUCCAAGAUGACAGAUAAAGUGAUCGGCGACCACGACAUCAACAACAACGGACAUCGUGGUCUACGCGCACAAAUACAGGAAUUCAAACAGAAUCACAAGCAGCAGCAUCGGAAGCAUGGUGGAAUCAUGCAGUGGAAGAGCGUGCGGACUCUGGAUUGGGCGGGUGGUAAGGCCAAGAGGGCGAAGAGUAAGGUCGGUGAACUGUUCGAGCAUAGCGAGAAGGGACAGGGGAUUGAAACGGAGGUCUGA